AUUAGUCUUCCUUCCUUGGGACGCUUUGGACCUAAACUCUCCGAGAAAAAAGGGGAAGAAAUUGGCGGGAAUAUAAUUUCUUAAUUUCUAAAUUCUAAUCCUUUUCGUAUUUAAACCCCCCCCCCCCAAAAAAAAUAUCUUCAUUCACAACAAUCAUUUCUUUCACACUUAAUUUUUAUCUCCAAACACAAAAUCUGAGAUCAGAAAAAUGUACAACGGCGCCGACUUCGACGGCAACGCCGCCUUUUCCGGCGGCGGUUUCAUGCCUUCUCAGACCACUCAAACUACCGAGCAUCAACCUACUACUUUCACUAAGAAUAAUACACAAAGCCUAAUUCCGUUAACCGUCAAGCAAAUUAACAAAGCCUUGUUAUCAAAUGAUGAUAAAAUCAAUUUUCUCAUUGAUGGCGUUGAUGUUAAUAACGUUAGGCUGGUGGGAAUGGUGUGGAACAAGAUGGAGAGGGUCACUGAUAUAUCGUUUAUACUUGAUGAUGGUACUGGUCGUAUUGACUGCAACAGGUGGGUAAAUGACCCACUAGACACAAAGGAGAUGGAUGCGAUAAUGGAGGGGAUGUAUGUCCGAAUUCAUGGUCAACUGAAAGGCUUUCAGGGGAAAAAGCAGCUGAUGGUCUUUGGUGUCAAGCCUGUGACUGAUUUUGAUGAGAUCACACAUCAUUUUGUUGAAUGUAUGUAUGUUCACUCUUACAACACAAAGCUAAUGAAGCAACAAGCUAGUAGCAGUAAUCAAGCUCAUAUGCCAGGUUCAGCCAUGAACACACAAACGUACCAAACUGCCCCUGCAAAUCAUUUUGCUGGUAAAUAUGAGACCGAAGCACUAACAGGAGUUGAUAAAAUGGUGUUAAAUUAUCUGCAGCUCCCUGGUAGUCUAUCAAGAGAUAAGGGUGUACACCAAGAGGAACUUGUUAGUCAGCUAAACUUGCCUUUGGACACGAUAAGGAAGUCACUUGACACUCUGACAGUAGAGGCCUUGGUUUACAACACUAUUGAUGACUAUCACUUCAAGACCACUGGAAAUGCCUGAUAUUUGUUUUUGUCAGUUUAGUAUUAUAUUAUAAUUAUGGGAAUGUUUUAAGUGGCGGAUGGUUGAAUAACCUGUCUUCCUGGUUGCUCUUCUAAAACGUAUCAUGCUUAGCGACAUUUUUCAUUUCAAAAUAUAGUUGGGUAACUCUAGUUUUCAUUAAA